UUAACGAACCACACCACACUUCUUGUCGCCAACCGAGUCCCGAUCAGCGGCCAGCUCUCAAACGGCAUUUGUCCGUCAAUAUUUCUCGUUGGCAGCCUACAACCGCAUCGCGAAGGCCUCGGGGCCUAGAGUUCAAUCGCAAUGGCCGACUACGACCGGAGACAGGGUGCCGGGGGCAGUUACAACUCUAAAAAGCGUCGCUAUCGAGAGGAUGACGACUACGACCGUCGCGGCCCUCGCAGGCGUUACGACGCGCCCCCCCACGUGCGGGUGCGCAAGGCUCUCAUCGCCAUCGCCGACAACCCCAUGAGGCCGUGGCACGAUGAGGUGCAGUCGAUUGCGACGCUCUUCACCGACAACUGGGACGACGAGCUGCUGCGAAGUAACUUUGUCGACCUGGUGCUGCAGCUGGCGGUCGAACAACCGCUCAAGACGCCCUUCACGGCGGCCGUCGUGCUGCUCGCCAACGCGACCCGGCCCGAGGUGGUCGACAUGCUACUGAGCAAGCUGGUCAAGGGGAUCGAGGCCAAGAUUGAGGCCGGGGAGUGGAGGGACGUAAAGCUUUACCUGAAGCUGCUGGCUUGUCUGCAAGGGUGUCUCGAAGGGGAGGGUGUCUUCCCCGUGUUGGAAGAGCUCUUUGCUAGGGCGGUGGAUUUGCAGACGGCUAGCUCGGAGGAUACAAUUGGGACGGAGAUCGUCAAGAUUAUUCUCCUUACCCUUCCGUAUGUCAUGGUCGCUGCGCCGGGUCAGUGGCAUCAGAAGGCGGCGGAUCUGAUGGAGAAGACGGAGAUCAUCGCCUCCGAGCCGCACACCCUACAGGCCAUGAUCGAGCCCUAUCACGAGGAGAGCAGCGAGGAAAAUCAGACGCCGUCCCAGAGCCUGAUAGGGUUGCUGCAAAGCCAGCUGCAGACCGAGGCAAACAAUGGGUGGGCGCUGCCCUGCCUACCGAGACCGUGGGAGUUUCCCCUGGGAGAUGUCGAGCAGCAGUCAAAGCUUGAUGCGGCGCCCAAGCAUGCCCUUCCUCCAAUCACUAUCCCUCAGACGGUCGUUGCUGGGCCGCGGCCGUUGUUUCCGGAAGUCCACUUUUCGGUCUACGCCAACCAGGAUGUCGAGUCGGUGCCUCCCGUCACGAACGCUGCUGCGUCCUUGAUUCGGGAUGUCCUGGUGGAUACAAUCAAUAUCCUGGACUACAACCGCAAUGUGACUGCCCGCAAUUUGAUUGAUCUGGACUGCUACUUUGCUCCACGGACAUUUGCGGCGAGAGCCACACCAUUCGACAAGUUGCGCGACAUUGAGCCUCCCAAGUCGACGUGGAAGCCCGAAGACGUUGCGGUCGAUGCCGUCUUCUCUCAGCUCUUCCAGCUGCCCACCCCAGAGCACAAGCUCGUAUAUUACCACUCCGUUCUGACCGAGGCAUGCAAACUGGCGCCAGCAGCGAUCGCUCCCAGCUUGGGCCGUGCCAUUCGUUAUCUUUACAGGAACUCUCCUCGUCUGGACCUGGAACUGGCCAACCGCUUUCUGGAUUGGUUUUCGCAUCAUCUCAGCAACUUUGGCUUCACGUGGAAGUGGACAGAGUGGGUGGACGACGUGUAUCUGCCAGACCAGCACCCGCGCAAGGCGUUUAUCUUGGGGGCACUCGAUAAGGAGAUCAGGCUCAGCUUUGCUCAGCGCAUCAAGAAUACUCUGCCUGAACCAUACAAGGAGCUCAUCACACCAGAGAAGGAGAAGGAGACGCCUGACUUCAAGUUUGCCAGCGAUGACACCCCAUUCGCCGCAGAGGGCCGCGAGAUUGCUGGCCUUCUCAAGCGCAAAGCCCCCGAUGAGGAAAUUGAGGCCGUCAUCCAGCGCAUCCAGUCCCAGGCCAUAGACCGUGAGAUUGACGCCCUGGUAGCCAGCACAGACGUCUUCGUCACCUGUGUUUUGCAUGUGGGGAGCAAGUCGCUGUCCCAUGUCCUUGCCGCCAUCGAGCGCACCAAGGACCGUCUCGCCGACGCCGGUGCCGCCUCGGACGCGGCCCGGACGCAAAUCGUCUCGGCUGUCAUGGCCUACUGGUCCGCGCACCCCGGCGUCGCAAUCUGCAUUAUCGAGAAGCUCCUCAACUACAGCAUUCUGACCCCGGCAACCGUCAUCAACUGGGUUCUUCUCGGCCGCGCGGGCUCUACCCGUGGCGAAGCGCUCGCGCACUCGUACAUGUACGAGAUGGUCUUCAACACGGUCAUGAAGGUGACAGGCCGCGUGCGGCAGGUCGCGCCCAAGGCCGACCACCCCCAGCAGCAGCAGCCGGACCACGCCAUGCCGGAUGAGAACGCCGGCGAAACGCGCGAGCUCGAGGUCAAAGCGAUGCGCUCACUCUUUGCCGCCAUCGAGGACGCGCUGGUGUCGUGGGCGACGGGCACCAAGGACGAGAUGAUUGAGUCGAACGGCGACGGCGAGACCGACAAGCUUGUCCGCCGUUGGGCAGAACGGUGGCUGCGCGUCUUUAGGAGGCGGGCGGCCAUCGAGGAGGCGUUCCUCGUUGAUGCGGCGAAGGAACGGGCAAGGAGGGCCGCGGAGGCCGACGGUAAGGCGAACGAGAAUGCCAACGGAGAGGAUGCGGCUAUGGCGCAUGCAUAGGCAUGAGUGAUUUAUCUCCAAAGGUGGGUUCUUUUCAGGGGGUUCAUAUCAGCAGCAGUUUUCCCGGGUAGGGAUUUUAGGUCUUUUUUUCUACCCCCACUUGUACGAUGUAAGAUUAUCACGGCGCUACAGCUAUGCAAAAGCUAGCCUGUUAGUAAAUCGAUCGGCGAGGAAAGUACCCCGGAUCGGAUUGGAAGGCAGGAUUUCCAAAGGUUAUGGAAUGAUCACGAAGGGGGAUUCUCAGAUGAGGGGCCGGGGGAGAUGUCGCAGGUAGCUCCCAUCGCAGCAAAAAGAAGUCAAGCGUCUCAAAUACUUCAGGGU